ACCCAGCAGCGUGAUGGGGUUUGGAAGAAUUUGACCAAUUCCACGCUCGAAACACCAUCCCGUGAAUCGUAUGAUCAAUGAUCAUUGCUUUUUUUACGAUUGAAGUUUCCAUAGGUAUUCCUUGUUGAGAUCUGGGAGGGAGGGGAAGAACAUAAAGGCAUUGACUUUUUUUUUCCCCUGAUUUUGUAUCAUCAAAGCUGGUUUGUUCGUUGGCGCGAGAUGUGCCAAUCUGGUGGACCUCUCUCCUCCUGCUGCUUUUAUUUUUUGUCAAUCGCUUUUCCUGAUCAUACCACACUCCUUGACUUUUUUUACAUUUACUUCUCCCUCCUCGUCUCUCGCCUUCUUUCCACUGUUCUCUGUCGUGAAUCACAAGCUCCGUCUCCGAAAACUGGAAAAAAUCGGUCUUCAUCUGUUACGCCCACGUCUUUUCUCGCCUUGUUCUCUUCUGGGCUAUGUCUCUCCCUCGUUCGGACCAAAGUCUCUGAAUGAAAGACGAUCUUUCUGAGCCGAUCUUCACUGGUCAUCUGUAUCGGUAACUGAAGUUGGGGGCUUUGAAUAUGGGAGGGUUUUGCUCCAAGAGCCUUGGUAUCAACUUCGGGAGUGAAUAUUCGGAUUCAAGCGUGCGUGGGGAUGGUUACAAACCCGAUUUGAAUUACCCACCAACUGGGCACAUCAGUCUGAUUGUGCCAAAUGCUAAGCAAUGCAUGGCCAAGGAUGUUCAUGACCACAAGCCGCUGAAAGAUGUGUUUUCAUUCCGUGAAAAGGGAGCAGAAGAUGAUUUCUAUGACGGGAUUCCGCGCUUGACCAGGGUUCCCUCUCACAAAUCUCGGUCUUCGAGGUCUACACAAACUGCAGUUGCAAAGGUUACUGAGGUAAGUGUGCAAUUAGGAAAAGCUGGGCUCGGUAGAGCAAAGGAUGUACUGGAUACUCUCGGUAGUAGCAUGACGGAUCUUAGCAGUAGUGGAUUUACUUCUGGAAUGGCUACUAAAGGCAAUGAACUUGGCAUCUUGGCUUUCGAGGUGGCAAACACGAUAGUCAAAGGUUCAAAUCUCAUGCAUUCCCUCUCAGAAAGGAAUGUUAAGCAUUUGAAAGAAGUUGUCCUUUACUCCGAGGGAGUGCAGAAUCUAGUCUCAAAUGAUGUGGAUGAACUCCUCAGACUUGUUGCAUCAGACAAGAGGGAAGAGCUGAAAAUUUUCUCUGGAGAAGUUGUUCGAUUUGGAAAUCGAUCCAAAGACAUUCAAUGGCACAAUUUACAGCGCUAUUUCGACAGGAUUAGCAAAGAACUAACCCCUCAAAGGCAGCUUAAGGAAGAUGCAAAGUUGGUGGUUGAACAGCUCAUGGUCUUAGUACAGUAUACUGCUGAACUAUACCAAGAACUUCAGGUCUUGGACCGAUUGGAGCAAGACUAUGAGCAAAAGCAUCAAGAAGAGGACAACUCAGCUGGCAACAAUAAGGGUGAUAACAUUGCUAUCUUAAAGGCAGAACUGAAAGCCCAAAGAAAGCAAGUGAAAAGCUUAAGGAAAAAGUCAUUGUGGUCGAGAAGUUUUGAAGAGGUGCUGGAGAAGCUUGUAGAUAUUGUACAUUUCUUGCUACUGGAGAUCCACAAUGCAUUUGGAGGUGCCGAUGAUCAACCAAUAGAGAAAGGACCUGCUGGUUGUAAUCAAAGACUGGGACCUGCUGGCCUUGCUUUACACUAUGCCAAUAUAAUUAUGCAGAUCGAUACCCUUGUUGCUCGUUCGAGCUCUAUAACUUCAAAUGCAAAGGAGACGUUGUACCAGAGCUUGCCGCCAAGUGUAAAGUUGGCCCUUCGGUCUAAGGUUAAAACUUUUCAUGUCGGUAAGGAGGAGCUUAGUGUCACACAGAUCAAGGAUGAGAUGGAGAAGACACUGCAUUGGCUUGUCCCUGUUGCUGCUAACACAGCCAAGGCUCAUCAUGGUUUCGGUUGGGUGGGCGAGUGGGCGAAUUCCGGGACUGAUUUUGAUAAAAAGACGGGAUCGGGUGACAUACUGCGUAUAGAAACGCUGUAUCACGCUGAUAAAGAAAAGGCCGAAACCUGCAUUCUUGAACAGAUACUAUGGCUUCAGCAUCUGGUCACGAAAGCAAAGAGUAAGGAACGAGGUGGCCAUGGAAUUUCUCCGCUCAAGCCCUUGGAGAAUACGAACAAUCAGCAGCACGACAACAAACCCGAGGCGCCGAGCGUGCCGUCCGUGACGGAAGAAGAGAGAAAGAUGAUCCAAGAGGCGGGCAAGAAGAAGAGGGUUCCAGGGGUAAGCAAGAGUCAAGACUUCGACUCCGAGAACUCGAGAGUGAGGAAGUGCGACCCGUUGAGCAGGAGCAGCGGGUAUUCCCGGGUGAGAAGAAGCAAAUCGGCCGUCAUCAAGAGAUUCCCCUCGGGUCUACCCCUUCUCGAUUUCGGGAUUGAUCGGGAAAAGGCGUUGGACAUGAUCGAUCGAGUGGAUGUUCCGAGGUAAAUAAGCUCAAACCGAAGAAGUUGAAGUUAGUUUCUAUGGAGUGUGGCCAAGAAGAUGUUUCUAUAGAGAGUAUGAAAGAAGGCUAUGGAGGGAGGGUUUGAGUAUCAAACCCUUAAGCGUUAUUGUACCAUUUCAAUUUAUAAAUUAUACACUUAGCGACAAUAGCUCUUCAAAAAGAGAGUACCUUGAUCUAUAAAUUAUCUCUGUCCAUAAAUACGAUAAUAUAUAAAUGGGAUAUUUUCAGAAUUUGCGUUA